UCACUCUCCUUCUGUCCCGCUUACUUCAACACACAGACGACACGCAAUGAAGCGGUGCUGAGCAGUGGAGCUAAACGGGGCUUCAGUCUGUGAACCUAUCGAUGCUGCAGCUCAGGAAAUGCCUUGUGGGCUAUUAGUAGUCAUUUAGUGAAUUGAUUUCUCUGAGGAUCUCUGUCUGAACACCGAGCGUGAAAAGGGGAGAAAAAAGUCCGUGGAAUAACUGAAGCUGCGGGACACACUGCGCGCGUAAAGAUGCUCAGGAUAAGUCAACAUAUCGCUUUGACAGCAGCGGCAGUUGUUGUGCUGCUGGCGUGUGUGUUGUCCUUCAAUGUGGACCAGAAAAAAAGCUUGCCAUUCAGCGGCCCGCUGGAGGACAUGUUUGGCUACACUGUCCAGCAGUUUGAGAACAGCGAGGGAAAAUGGGUUCUGAUUGGAUCACCGCUGUCGGGCCAGCCAGCUAAACGAACAGGAGAUGUCUACAAAUGUCCUGUGGGGAAAGGGGACAACACAUGUGUCAAACUGGAACUGCCUAAAAACACAACAAUUCCCAACUUACGUGAAGUGAAGGAGAACAUGACCAUGGGAACCACACUGGUGACCAAUCCCAAUGGAGGAUUUCUGGCGUGUGGUCCUCAGUACGGCUACAUGUGUGGGAAGCAGCAGUACAUCUCAGGAGUUUGCGUUAACGUCAGCCCUUCCUUCGAGAUCCUCAACUCUAUGGCACCAGGCAUGCAAGAGUGUGCGAAGGAGCUGGACGUUGUGUUGGUUCUGGAUGGAUCUAACAGUAUCUACCCCUGGGAAAGUAUCAUAGAUUUUCUGCUGCGCUUCAUUAGGAAGAUCGAGAUUGGACCUAAACUCUCACAGGUGGGAAUAGUGUCCUACGGUGAGACUGUGAGCCACAGAGUCAACCUGAGCCAGUUUGCCAACACUGAAGAUCUGCUGAAGUUUGUCAGAGACCUUCCUCAGCAGACCGGCUCCAAGACUAUGACUUUCCUUGGCAUUGAUACCGCCAGGAAGGAGGCCUUCAUGCCAGAACGUGGUGCACGACCUGGGGCGAAGAAAGUCAUGGUGAUUGUGACUGACGGAGAGUCACAUGACUCCCAUAAUCUAGAAAAGGUCAUCAGAGACUGUCAUAAUGAUAACAUCGAGAGGUUUGGCAUUGCUGUUUUGGGAGACUACAAUCGUCAGAACAAAAGCGCAGAGGAAGUGCAAAAGUUUAUCAAGGAGAUCGAGUUAAUCUCCAGUGAGCCGUUAAGAGACCACUUCUUCAAUGUGUCUGAUGAGGUGGCAUUGUUGACCAUCGUGGAUGCUCUGGGAAGCAAGAUUAUUGCCUUGGAAGCCACCACCAGCAAUUCCACCUCCUCCUUUGAGAUGGAGAUGUCCCAAACUGGGUUUAGCGCACAUACUUCUAAAGAAGGUGUGCUACUGGGAGCAGUUGGAGCAUACGACUGGAAUGGGACAGUGGUAAUGCAUACUGCAGGAGGAACAAUCAUUCCACCGAAGAACCAGUUUUACAACCCAGAGAUUGAGGCCGGAUAUGAAAGACUGGCUGGGUACAUCGGCUAUGAUGUUCAGUCAGCAUCCACCCCUAAUGGAGUGCUGUACAUCACGGGUGCACCGCGGUACAACCACACAGGCCGGGUUGUUAUCUAUCGUCUGAAUGAAACAAACCACGUUGUUGUUUCGCAGAUCCUGAAAGGAGAACAGAUUGGCUCCUACUUCGGCAGCGUCCUGCAGACGGUUGAUGUGGACGGGGAUUCCUACACAGAUAUCCUCUUGGUCGGAGCUCCGAUGUACAUGGGCUCGGAAAGAGAUGAGCAGGGACAAGUCUACGUUUAUAAAGCUGACCAGGCUGGCCAGUUUAAGCAUGAGUUCACUUUAAAGCCUGUCAAUCAGUCCUGUUGUACUGCCCACACAGCCAGCUGCACUAAUAAAAAUGAACCAUGUGGCGCCCGCUUUGGUACAGCCAUUGCAGCAGUGAAAGAUCUCAACCUAGACGGGUUUAACGAUGUGGCAAUCGGUGCACCAUUUGAGAACGACCACAGAGGAGCGGUCUACAUCUAUCAUGGAGAUAAGGACUCUCUGAAGGAGAAAUUUGUGCAGCGGAUCCCUGCAGGUGGCGACGGCGGAGAUAUGAAAUUCUUCGGUCAGUCCAUACAUGGAGUCAUGGAUCUAAAUGAAGAUGGAAUCACUGAUGUUACCAUAGGAGGUCUGGGAGGGGUUUCACUAUUCUGGACCAGAGAUGUUGCAGAACUCCAUGCCAACAUGACUUUUGACCCCGUUAAGAUAAACCUGCAGCAGGCUCAGUGUGAACACGCUGGGCGCAAAUCUGUGUGCGUGAAAACUAAAGUCUGCUUCAUUUACAGUAUCAAAUCUGACAAGGAGGACUCAAGCGCUACCACAGUGAUCCACUACAAUCUGACUCUCGAUGCUCUGCGUGCAAAAGCCAGAGCUUCUUUUAUCAACUCAACCGAUAAAAAUGAUCGCAGGAUUACCAAGCCACUCACCAUCAGAAUCCGAGAGAUAAAGUGUGAGGAACAGAUCUUCAUGAUGUCGGCCCGGCUAGAUUUCCGAGACCCUCUCAUGGUGUCUUUGGAGUUUGGACUAGCUGACAAAGACCAAGGCCCCGUCCUGGAUGAAAGCCUUCCCAGAGCCAUCAAUAAGACAAUUCCCUUAGUGGACUGUGGGAAUGAUGAGAAGUGCAUCGCUGAUCUCUCCCUCAAGGCAGAGCCUAGUGUAAAAAGCAUGGUGAUCAGAGCAAACAAAGACAAGAUUGAUGUGAACAUCAACGUUAGAAACAGCAAAGACAAUGCGUACAACACCAGAGUUAUCCUCAGCUUCACACAGAACAUCAACUAUGUUAAAGUAGAGCCGGAGAAGGGAUGCACUCUGAAUGAUACUAAGCUGGAGUGUGCUGUUGGAUACCCGUUCCUGGGAAGCGAUGUGGAGGAAAAUUUCAAAGUGAGAUUUGAGGUGAAUCCCAAACAUAUUCAGGAGGUAAUUCAGAUCAAUGUGACAGCUACAAGUGACAGUGAAGAGCUAGAAUCUACCUUGAAUGACAACAGAGUGCUAAUCUCCAUCCCUGUGAAGUAUGAAGCCGGCCUCAUAUUCUUAGUGCAACCUGUGGAUAAACACAUUGUAGUAAAAGAGGGUGAACAGUAUGCCAGCGUAUUCAAUGACACCACAAUGAUUGGAGAGGAGGUCAACAUCAGCUACACGGUGGAGAAGACAGGUGAUGUGGUGACACCGCCCCUUGACCUGACAGUGACGUAUCCUCAUCAGUCUCUUCGACAGAACAAUUUGCUGUACCUCACCCAUGUCACCACCAGCCCACAGGUGAAAUGCAAUGCAGCACAGUGGAUUAACCCUGAUAACAUUAACCCAAAAGUUGUAAAGCCCAAUCCAAUGAAAGAAUCACUCAGCAACUUCCUAUUGAACUGUUCUACAGAGCUUGAGUGUGCAUCAUUUACCUGUUCCAUCCCUGAGGCUAAGAUCAGUCAGGUCAACAUUACAUUCAGAGUGUGGAAACCUACAUUCAUUAAGGGUGAGUUUUCCAGUCUGCACAUGUUGGUAAAUGGAACUCUGAGGAUCAGAGACACACACCUGUUUGAACUGCACAGCGGGAAAAGGACUGUGAAGAUCCAAGUUUCGAAGGAGACCUUAGGAGGAAUCCCCAUUUGGGUCAUUAUAAUCAGUAUCCUGAUAGGACUGCUGAUCUUAGCACUUGUCAUCUUCGCUCUGUGGAAGUUGGGCUUCUUCAAGAGAAAAUCCAGGGACUACACAAAGGAGGAAAUAAUGGACUGAAGUAUCCAGACAGCAAGCAGCUCUGAGAGUGACUGCUUCCAGAGCCAUCAGGUCCCACAAAGUGACAAACAGACUUUUAUAUAGACAGUUGGACAGUCGGAAGAGAAGCCAUAAGACCCACAAACACCUCAGUGCUACAACACAGUGACUACCUGGAAAACACAAGUACCGUUCACUGUUUCCUAUGAAAAUCUGGGUUCAGUAAUGUUCACAAAUACUUCCAGACUCUUGUUCUUUGAUGCUUUAAGCACUUCAGAUGGUCUCACAUACAGAGAGCGCUCAAACAGACAGUUUCUUGUAAUUGUGUAGCAUCUUUGGCACGUACUGUAUGCAUCAGAGAAAAAAAACAACCACCAUCUGAGUGUCCAUGCAAAACAAUUGCUAAGAGUUAUUUGCAAACAUUAUUUGUUCUUGGACAGCUUCUCUCCUGCAGACACAGAAUCAAUGUAAAGUCAGGUCAGGCAGUUCAGGAAGAGGAGCCAGAGAGGCGGUGGAGGAAGACAUCACUUAACAGGCACCUUUUGGCAAAGUAGUGAAUAUCUACUUUAUAUACAGCAGUUUUGCAAAACCGUCAGAGCUACCACAGCUGCACUCCAGUUUCAGAGGAAAAAAGUACUCAGGUUUUUCAGUAUAAAGAUCCAAAGUGGCCUAAGUCACCUCGCUUACUUUUCUAUAUCAUUACAGCAACAAUGUCCAGUCUGUUUGCUUCUGAGAUAAUAUGUGAACUCUGUAUGUGUUGGGGCAGCCUGUCUGAUAGCUUAGACGCCUGUGUUAAAGCUUAUGUGCUUGAUUAGUUUUAUAAGACACUGUACCUUUUAGUUUUUAUAGCAUUUAAUUCUACAUUUUUGUUGAGUUUUAGCAAUAUGACAUGACUUAACAUGGCACAUUCUUCUUCCUUAAUUUCAAAAUGACAAAAAAGACACUGACCUGAACAUAAACCAAACAAAAGUGCAGCCUGUAUGCUUUUAUUUUUUAUACUUCAAACUUAGUUAACCAGUUUAAAAACCCCAAAAAAUCUUGUCCCAUCUCUGAUGUUAAAUGUUUCACCUUGGUUAUUGAGGGAUGCAGAAAGCUGCACCCUCAAAAUCCAAACCUUUGAUUGUACUGUAAAUAUAAGUAAGUGCUCAAAAAUGUAAAGCUUUAAAAUGUACAUAUUGUGUUUGCUUUAAUUCAUGUAAUUUAAGAGAUGUUAGCCACAAGCCUUGUCUUUUUUGUGUGUGAUCAGAGAACAUGAUUUUGCUCAGGUGCUACAAGUAUCAUGAAUGACAACAUUAACAUUAGACACAUAGGAAAACUAUCUGGCCUGUCUUACAAUUUCAAAUAAUAUGAUGCAAAUAUGUAAAUAUUGUUAUAUUUUGAUGAGAAAAUGAAAAUAUAAUUAUUCUGUACUGAAAAUACACAUGAAGAUGAGGGUUUGUAUCCACUCUUUUGGUUUUAAGCUUAGUGAAUGACUGUGUUUUGAAUGAAGAGACUUUAACGUGAUUGAAAUGAGAUACGACAGUAGCAAACUUUGAGUUCAAACUAUUUCCUGUUUGUAAAAUGUUCCUCCAUUAUAGAAAUAUACAUGUAUGUGUCACUGUUCACCAGCAGUUUUCUCUGUUAUCAUAUGGGAUUCACUGGUAAAUGGUUUGUGUUGUAGACAAGCUACAACAUAUACACAAAGCAUUAGUAUACUGUUGGCCCCUUGUCACCCCACAUAGGGUACACAGUACCUUACAAAGUUAUUCAUUCAGGUCCUCUGUCUUGGUUUUUGUCUCUAGGAGUUGCACAGCUACACAGUAUGUUAAAAGAGAUUAUAUUGUAUGUCGGGGAGACUGAGUCUCUGCUCUUUUUUGACUUUUUGUCCUCAUUGUCAUACAAUAAAGCUGAGGGAAGAUGGCAAGAGGAAGAGCUUUUGAAUAUUUAAAUGCUCCUCAGCGCUCAUUCUCCACUGUUGACAUGAAGCACAUGGAAUAAAUUGUAUAUACAGAAUGUGUAACUGUUAGUCCUUUUACGAUUGUAUGGCUACAUCAGGCUUAUGCACGAGGGUGGAGUCAUGAGUCUCUCUUUGUCCACUUGCAUAAGAAGAAGCAGUCAGAGAUUCUUUUCUCAGAUCUUAUCCUCUGUUAACUUGCACAACAGUGCAAUGACAAUAAAGAAUUGAAUUGAAGUGAACUUCUGAGAAAGAGUCAAGAUGAGAGUAAGGCACAAAGUGAGAGUUGUGAGCUCCACCCCAGCCUUCUACACUGCUGUGAAGUCUUCAUUGUAAUGCACUGGUUUGUCAGACUGUACGCGUCCUCAUCAGCACAGAAAUGAAAUGAAUCCUAUGUACAAAAAUAAAGACUUUUUACGAA